AUGGACGAAAUACAACUACAAUCAUCAAUAACUAAUAUUGAAGAUGGAGAUUCCGGAGGAAUUAUUUACACAUUUUUCGUGUUCAUCUUCGUCACUUUACCGAGUUGGUUUUUCUUCUUGGUUUCCUUCGUGACUAUAACCUUACCCACUUGGAUAUUCACUCUACUCUCAUGGUCUUUCACGUUGCAACUAAGCUUCACCUCACUACUUUUACUAUUUGGAGCAUUCUCUAUAAUAGCUUACACAAUUAUUCGAUACCGCAUCUUAACAAUAUAUUCGCGACUUCCAAAGGAAGCGCCUCAAACUACAGGUGCCUCAUUUGAUUUACAUCCGGGCGUAGUCGACGAUAAAGAGAAAAUAUUAAAGAAUUAUCCCGAUGAACUGCUGAGUAGAUUUUUGGAGGCGAUUAAAGUUUUUGGGUAUUUGGAGAAACCAGUAUUUCAUGAAUUGGCUAGAAAUUUGCAGACUAAACGUUUGGUGGCAGGUGAUACGCUUGAUCUGGAAAAGGAAAGAUCUUUUUAUAUUGUCGUGGAUGGUUACGUACAAGUAUUUGUGAAAACGAUAAAUGAGGGAGAUAUCGCGUUUGAUUCAUUUGAAGGUGAUGAUCGCGGAUUUCAAUUGCUAAAUGAAGUUGGUGAAGGAGGAACACUAUCUAGUCUUUUCACGAUAUUAUCGUUAUUCACUGAUGAUAUUGAACUUCGAUACGAUGAAAACGAAUCGGAUCUAUCGAGUAAUAAAGGAAAAGAAUCGGAAGACAACGAAUCUAGUCGUACACUUACUGAUGACUGGUCGACAAUAUUUUCAGCUCCGGAUGCUAAUUCCGACAAUAAUACUGACGAAUCGCGUAAAGGAAUAAAGAAAAAUGUUUCGAACGGAUCAAACAGCGAUGCACCAUCAAAUCGCACAAGUUGGUCCAAUAAUGGUAAUAGAAGGCCUAAACUUGCGCAAAAACUUUCUUUAAAAGAAAACCUCGUCACAACUUCUGUCCACCCAAAUAUUGUUGUGCGUGCCACCGUCGAUACAACCUUGGCAGUAAUUCCUGCUGAAGCAUUUCAUCGAUUGACAGAAAAAUUUCCUAAAUCGGUUGCUCAUAUUAUGCAAGUGAUCUUAACGAGAUUCCAACGUGUCACUUUUUGGACUGGGUAUAAAUAUCUUGGCCUUACAAAGGAUUUGCUUAGGACCGAAAAGCUAAUGAAUGAGAUGGCAAGUUACGGACUUCCAUCUAAUUUCUUUAAACCAGGUAGUAUGGAACGUCUACGUCGAAGGUUUGUUGGCGGUGUAAAAACAAACGAUGAUCCUGAAUUAAGUGAUAGUGGACUAUUAUUUAAAAAUAAAAAAUCAAAAGGAGCUAACAUUAGACCUGGAUACCACUUUGCACAGGAAACUAGCACUGCAUCUAAUCUCCCAUUCACUGAGAAUUCGAAUAAAUAUGCCAAUGAUAAAUAUUUAUCACCACCGAUGCGAACUUAUGUUCGUCCUUCUACAGGCUCUCCAUUGGUUGGACGAGAUUAUGAUGCUCAGGACGAUAUGUAUUUACGUGAAUCCGUGUUGGAAUGUAUUUCGAAAAGUAUUGGUCUAAUUCAACCGGCUCAAAAAAAGGCUAGUACUUUUGAUCCAGGUUCUCGUCAUAGCUCCCUUGAUUCGAGCUCUGCCGGAUAUUCUCAAAUUUCCGGAUUCAACCCUAUAAGUAGCGUGACAUCGCUACUUGACAUCCCAGAUGAUGAAUCAGUCGCUGAGACUAUCUCCUCAAUUACAAGCGAAUUUGAUAAUGACGUGGAAAUAUUAUUUUAUGCGAAAGGUGCUUCCCUUGUUAAAGAGGGUGAAAGAAAUGUGGGGUUAUUUUUCGUAAUUGAUGGACUUUUAGACGUCUCUGUUAGCUCAACUGAAAAAGAUUUUUUAGGGAGUUCCUUCACAAAUAUUUCUUCCGUUAAUCAGAAUGGCAGUUCACACAAAAGAAAAGAAUCUAAUUCUAAUGUGGUAUCUAAUACUGAUAGAACUUUAUUCAUGAUAAAACCUGGUGGUCUUGCGGGGUACCUGGCAGCAUUGACCGGUUUUCCUUCAUUUGUUAAUAUUAGAGCUAGCACAAAUACUUAUGUCGGAUUUCUUUCAAAGAAUUCACUGAAUAGACUCAUGGAAAAAAAUCCAAAUGUUUUACUGACUUUGGCUAAACGAUUAAUUAGCUUAUUAUCACCACUUGUUCUUCAAAUUGAUUUUGCUCUGGAUUGGGUUCAGAUUAAUGCUGGUCAAGUAUUAUAUUCUAAAGGCGAUCCAAGUGAUUCGAUAUAUAUUGUAUUGAAUGGACGUGUUCGAGCUAUUAAUGAACGUGAAAAAGGUGCUAUUGAUAUUUUGGGUGAAUAUGGGCAAGGUCAAAGUGUCGGAGAACUAGAAGUUAUGAUUGGAUCUCCGCGUCCUUAUACGCUCCAUGCGAUUCGUGACACAGAACUUGCCCGUAUGCCAAGAACAUUGUUUAAUGCUCUUGCAUCACGUCACCCUGAAAUUACUUUGCAAAUUUCCCGAAUAAUCGCUUCUCGUACUCGAGUACAGCAAGAACAUGAAUUCGAUCAUGGCAAUACUAUAGCAGAACUAGGCAAAAAUAACAUGAAUCUUAAAACUGUUGGUAUUCUUCCAGUAGAUGGAAGUGUGCCAAUUGACGAAUUUGCAGAAAAAUUAAAAAAUGCAUUAGCAAGAAUAGAUGCAAAGGCAACUCUGCUUAAUCAAGCAACGGUUGUUUCUAUCCUGGGAAGACAUGCGUUCAGCAAAAUUGGAAGAUUAAAGUUAAUCAGUUGGUUAGCCGAACAAGAAGAGAAUGUCCAAAUUGUUUUAUACUUAGCUGAUGGAGGCCCGAAUUCUUCUUGGACUCAAACAUGUAUUCGCCAAGCCGAUUGUAUUUUACUGGUUGGCCUCGGCGAUGGUGAUCCUGCGAUUGGUGAGUAUGAACAUUUUCUAAUAAAUGCGAAAACAACAGCUCGUAAAGAAUUAGUAUUAUUACAUGCCGAAAGGCAUUGUUCACCUGGUACGACGCGUCAAUGGCUAAAAAAUCGUCUAUGGAUACACGCACAUCAUCAUGUCCAAAUGGCAUUAGUUCAAAAGCCAACGAUGUUGAGAGAACAAUCCAGUCAAAAUGCUUUAAUGAAUCUUCGCGAUCAUAUAUCAAAAUAUUAUCCUAAACGAAUUCAAAAAAGAUCGCCUACUAUAUAUACGGGUAUUCGAAGCGAUUUCUCCAGACUAGCACGACGUCUCUGUGGAAAAUCGGUAGGACUUGUGCUUGGAGGCGGUGGGGCUCGUGGUAUUGCACAUAUUGGUGUUAUACGUGCUCUUGAAGAAGCAGGUAUUCCCAUUGAUAUGAUAGGCGGGACUAGUAUAGGGUCAUUUGUUGGGGGACUAUACGCACGUGAUUCAGACAAUGUAGCAAUACUUGGAAGAGCUAAGGCGUUUUCGUCGAGGAUGAGUAGUAAAUGGAGGCAAGCUUUAGAUUUAACAUAUCCGGUGACUGCCUGGUUUACAGGACACGAGUUUAACCGUACAAUAUGGAAAUCUUUCUUGGAUACCCAAAUUGAGGAUUUUUGGCUUUCUUAUUUUUGCAUAACCACGAAUAUCACAUGGUCAAGAAUGGAAGUACAUCAAAGUGGCUAUGCAUGGCGAUAUGUUCGAGCUUCCAUGUCGUUGGCUUCAUUUCUUCCACCACUUUGUGACAAUGGACAUUUAUUAGUUGAUGGUGGAUACAUGAAUAAUCUGCCGGUAAGCGUAAUGAAAUCAAUGGGUGCAAACACAAUAUUUGCUGUAGACGUAGCGAGCCAUGACGACACAUCACCAGUCUACUACGGUGAUUCAAUUUCCGGUUGGUGGGUUCUGUUAAAUCGUUUUAAUCCGUUCCGACGUGCACCAAAAAUCCCCUCCAUGGCCGAUAUACAAUCACGACUUGCCUACGUGUCUAGUGUGAAAACGUUAGAAGAUGCUAAAACAAUACCCGGCUGCCUGUAUAUGCCGAUGCCUGUUCAACAGUAUGCCACGUUAGAGUUUUCAAAGUUCUCUGAGAUUUUCGAAGUUGGAUACAAAGCUGGUAAAGAAAUGUUGAAAAAUUUCAAAGAGGAAGGGAAGUUGAAAUCGGUUUUGGAUGAGAAGGCUGUUGGAUUGAAGAGGGGGCGGAUUAGAAGGCGAAAUAGUAUGUGA